AUUCGGUUCAGUUCAGUUCAGUUUACAUCGUGCGUUUGGUGCGAGAGGUGUGUUUGGAAGGUAGUAGCGCGUGAUACGCGAACGAGAGACUGACAUAUCGCGCGGUAUAUGCGUGAGUGUGUGUGAGUGUGUAUGUAUGUCGCGUCAAAAGUAACUUGAAUCUCUUUUCACCAUCUAUAAUCAAGAAGACGUGCCAACGCGCGAACGAAUCAUCCAUAGAAAUUCUGCGGAAUGUUGCGGAACUUGAUACUGACGGAUUAACUGUCGGCCGGUGAAACGCCUGGGAUAGUUUUAAUCACCGUCCACAUCAUCGAACACAAUUACAGCCUGAUAUUUGGCCGUCGUGAACUCGCCAUAGUUUAAGAAAACGCGAAAUUCGUAACGAUACCAAAGAGUACAAAAUAGCAUGCCAAAUCAAAAGGGCAAGAUAUCGUCGAGCUGCUUCUUCCUAUUAUGCGUCUUUUUGAUUAGCUCGAUAUGGAGUGUUGUCGGAAGUCCCGUCCGAUACAGAACGAGACGCGAAGCGGAGGUAGCGUCGACCAACUGGACCGCGUUGGCCGACGAAUGGAUCGCGGCGAAGGCCAGGGCCGCCGAAAGGAUGGACAUUGCCAUAUUGCCGUUCAACGAGAGAUUCCGGGAACUACCCCCUACAGCUGAGACUUUUGUCGUUAACGGCACGAGUGCGGAACAGAUGGAACGGUUAAAUUACUCGCGGAUGCUGUGGGACAUGGAAACAGUUCAACCAAGUGGGCAUCUGUCCGGAUUCGUAGACAAAGCUCUCAAGCUCCUAGACUUGAGACAGGUAAUGAUGGAGGUGGAAACCUCCGUCAUGUCCAAAGUCUCCUGCACCGCUUGCAAAGUCGGAGCCGGUUUGCUGCAGCACUACAUAAAGAUCGGCAAGAGCGACAAGGAGAUCAUGGCUAGCAUCUACCAGUUCUGCGUGUCGCUUAACAUACAGAGUGCCCGAGUUUGUCACGGAGUCACUUUGCUCUUCGGGGGUGAGGUGAUCUACGUGUUGAAGCAGGUGAAUAUGGGUCCGGCGCAGAUUUGCAGCUUCGUGAUCGGUGAUGCAUGCGACGAUGCGUUCAAUCCGUUGCACGAGUGGGAAGUGGCCUUCCCUCCAGUAAAGAAACCGCCAAUCAAGCCGCCAAUACCGCCGCAGGAAGGUGCGCCGACCUUCAAGGUGUUGCACAUCUCCGACACGCACUACGAUCCGUAUUAUCAGGAGGGUGCGAACGCCGAGUGCAACGAGCCGCUCUGUUGUCGACUGACCAACGGUGCCCCGUUGACCGGUUCGGCCGGCGCUGGACGAUGGGGCGAUUACAGGAAAUGCGACACGCCCAAGAGAACGAUCGACCAUAUGCUCAAACACAUCGUGGACACGCAUUCGGACAUUGAUUACAUCUUGUGGACGGGUGAUUUGCCGCCUCACGACGUGUGGAAUCAAACUCGAGAAGAGAAUUUAAAAAUAUUGCGUGACACGGUCACGCAAAUGGUAGAGAUGUUUCCUGGUAUACCCAUAUUUCCAGCCUUGGGAAAUCACGAAUCAGCGCCGGUCAACAGCUUUCCACCUCCUUUUGUGCCUGAAGAGAACAGCAUCUCGUGGCUGUACGACGAGCUCGACAAGCAUUGGCGACGCUGGCUACCGGCCGGUGUAUCGCACACCGUCCGCCGUGGCGCCUUUUAUUCGGUCUUGGUGCGUCCUGGCUUCAGGAUUCUCUCGGUUAAUAUGAAUUACUGCAACAACAAGAACUGGUGGUUGUUGAUCAACAGCACGGACCCAGUCAGCGAGCUACAGUGGCUCGUAUACGAGUUGCAAGGCGCUGAGAUCAACGGCGAGAAGGUACACAUAAUUGGUCAUAUCCCACCAGGACAUUCCGACUGCCUUAAGGUGUGGUCGAGGAAUUACUACCACAUCAUCAAUCGUUACGAAUCAACGAUCACGGCCCAAUUCUUCGGACACACGCAUUAUGACGAAUUCCAGAUAUUCUAUGACACAUCGGACCUCGGCAGAGCUCUCAGCAUUGCCUAUGUCGGACCCUCGGUCUCACCUUACUACGAUCUUAAUCCCGGCUACAGGAUAUACUACGUCGAUGGGGAUCAUGCAAAGACCACGCGAAUGGUUGUCGAUCACGAGAGUUGGGUGAUGAACCUCAAGGAAGCGAAUUUGUACGACUAUCCGAUCUGGCACAAGUUGUACAGUGCGCGGCAAGCUUAUCAAAUGGCGUCACUUUUACCAAAGGACUGGGACUCCCUGAUCGAUAAGAUGACCAACGAGCCAGCCCUUUUUGAUCUCUAUUACAAACAUUACUACAAGAACUCACCGGUACGACCAGCGUGUAACGAUGAGUGUCGUAAGAGGUUGCUGUGCGACUUGCGCAGCGGGCGUAGCCACGAUCGCAAGGCUCUGUGUCAAAGCCUCGAAGCGAGGAUCGACAUCGAGACGAGAACUGGAUGGCGAGCGUGGAUUUACAAGGGACUCGCACUAUCAAUGUCCGUGGUCAUGGCUAUUCCUAGAUUCGCGUACAAUCUACCAAAGUACGUGCUAGGACUGGGUUAAAACGAAGAACCGGAUGCCAAAUACAAAUGUGUGACUCAACUUGUGAUGUUAAAUUAUUAAAAUAUUUGCAUUUCUCAUUUCACGUUGCAUUCAAGAUGCAUAUUUUCGCGUCGAUAACAAAGUAGGUAUAUCCAGUUUUGUAAAAUUUAGCAUAUAAAUCCUUCAAAAGUAAUAAUGAUUUUCUAAAGAAAUAGACGAAUUAAGAAGAAAAUUAUCUAUUUUUGUGAAAAAAUUAAUAGACAAAACAAACUAUUAUUAUAAUACAAUAAGCUAUUAAUUUAUUUUAUGAAAUAGAAUUAUUAAUCUAUUGAGAUCUUUUCCGAAUUUUUUUCAUAAUAUUUUUCUACAGCGAAAUUCGAUGAGAUAUCAGAUUUUAAAGAGCUUGUAACUUUGCAAAGUAUCUGAAAUUUCCACCAUUGAAUAUUUAUGAAUAAAUAAGUCUCUUUUUCUUUUCUUUUUCUGUUAAUAAAGUUUGUCAACACCUUGUACAUAUACAUAUAGUACGCGAUUUUCAUAUAAGACAAAUAGAUCUACAGUUAAGUUUUAUACAAGUUAAAUGUGGAAUGUAUACAUGUGUAUAUACGCACGUGAUUAUGGACCUCGUCAUUUGUGCGAUGAAACAUCCAAAAUAUGUAAAGAUGCAUUCAAUAGGUCGGAAAGCGCAAGUGUUGCCCGUGUGUUCCUAAUAUUUUGCUUAAUUUGCAAGCUAGUCUUAAAGCGUACUGAUACCGUUGACUACUCCAUUUCUUUGUAUAAUAUAUUGUAUGCAGUUUAUUAUCAUGGUGUAUCAACGUGCAUUAUUAUCUCUCAUAGACUAACUGAGGAAUCCUAGAAAUAAGUGUAUCAUUUUAAAUUGAGAAAUUACAAAUUAUUAGUACUAAUACGGACAAGGAUAUAUUAAAAACAUAAAUAGAAUUUUUUUAUAUGACGUUCGAGAGAAAGAGUGGACAAGAAUAUAGAAUAAAUAAUGAUAUUGUGAAAUUUGUGCACAGAAUGAAAUUCAUGUACGUCUCGAUAAGUUUAUUAUAUAUAAAGGGGAAAUUUAUUCACAAGCGAACUAAAAUAUUACCAUUGUUAUCUUGUAUUAAAUUUAUUUUUACAUAUUCAGUCUUACUCUCUUUAUCCUUAUGUCCUUGAACAGUUUUAAUUGUUCAUAGAUGUUUGAAAUUGUCAAGAAUCUUUUUCUAGCGGGUAUUUAGACUUAUUGGUAGAUAACAUAUGUAUCUUUGAUAAGACGCUUUGAUAAAAAGUCACCAUAACAUCUCUCAUUAUCACUGAAUCGCUUGUAUACGAUGAUGCAGUAUUUAUGUAUGCGUGCAUAGUAUUGCAUGCAGAAUCAAGCAAGUGUCGUAACCAUACGAUUUCGUUAACGUUCAAGUCUUAUCUCUAAUGUUUUAAUAUAGCAUAACAUAUAGCGUAUUCUGCGUUGGUAGGAUUUAUACAUUAUUGUAGGAUGUUGAGAAAGACGACAUAUUUUUAUAGUAUCAAGAAUUUUAAUAAUCAAUUACUAUUUUGAAUAUAUAAUACAUAAUAUAUUAAUCGAGAUAUAAUAGUGUGUGUGUAUGUAUAUGGACACAACGCGUAAUUAGGGCUUAAUGAGAUUACAACGAAAUCGCGUUUUUCCUUAAAUUUAUAUUGUGUGCCGAAUGAAUACUGACUUUUACUAUUACUUUUACGGCUAUCAGUAGUAUUAACUUUAGGAGCUGUGUUACCUUUUUUCUCUUUUUUUCAUAGGAGAAUAGCUUACCUCAGGAGCGACAAUAUCUAUGGAUAUCGACGUAAUAUUAUUCUCUUUCAAGCAUUAUUUACAUCACUAUCACCACCGUGAGCAUUUUUUAUUUCUCUUGAUGUUUCUCUCCGUGAUCUUUUUUUUUCACACACACGCACAUACACACAUACACUACAAAAUUUAUUACUCUCAUUUCGAAUAGCAUAUUACGCUAAUUAAUUUAAUCCCUGAUAUAUAACAUGAACAUUGUUUGCAGUUGUAAAGAAAACAAAAAGAUCGUCAGAUAAUAAAAAUAUGCGGAAAUAUAAGAUGUAUCAAGGGGGGGGGGGACUUGCAUAGGCGCACGCACAUACAUAUGACAAUUAUAGAUUUUUCAUUAAAAGAACAUUGUACUUUAAAAUUAUUUUUUUGAAUGCUAUAUCUACUUUUACAUAUUUAAUAUGACCAUCUGAUGAGUUGAAUUGAUAUAAUUGAUUUUCAAACAUUGAGUAAUAGUGAGAAAACGAAAAUAAUGAUGAAAAUAAUAAAAAAACACAAUAAAGAAAUGCGUCUCUUCAACAUUUGUUACAUGCAAUUCUCCUAUUCUUAUAUCAUAACGAGCUUUGCAACCAUCAAAUUAUAACUUGUAUCGCGUAAUCAAGUAUGAUCUCAAGCAAUACUUUCGCAAAAUAAACAAGAGAGAACAAAGAUUAAUCAUUCUCUUGAAAAGUAUAACUGACAUUUAAAUAUUUACUUAAAGAAUGAAAAUAUUAAAGAAAUUUCUUUGUCUUCAAAAACAAUUGCUUCUUUUCUUUCUUUUAAUGCAAUGUAUGCACGCGUAAAUGUUAGUGAAAUAAUGCUUGAAAAUAUGAAGAAUAUAACUAGUCUCUUUUUUAGCCACAAAAGCGUGUGUAUAAGAUAUAAUACAUACAAAGUAUACGCAAUUAAAGAAAUGUACUUUUUCAUCUUACAAUACUGUUUGGUUUUCCCUUAAUGUUUAAAAUAUACAUGUAACACGUUACUUUGCAGUCGUCAUUCAUAGAUUUAUUUCUUUUUUUUUCUCGCUUAUUCUUAGAAGAAAUAUCGUGUAUUGUAUAUAUUAUUCAUUUUAUACUCUAUCGAGUAAACUCUUGUAAAAUAAUUUUCCAGUAUUCAUAGGUAUCAAGCAAAAGGUUUAACUUAAAGUAUAUAAAUAAUGUGUGUGCAAGGUUGUUUCUUCUUCCAAUAAACGUUAUGGAUAUCUUACUAAUUCUUAAAGUUUACUUAAAGCAUAUAUAUAUAUAUAUAUAUAUAUAUAUAUAUAUAUAUAUAAUGUGCUAGAAAUGCCAAACAUUAAAUUUUAUUAUAUCCUUAUGCGUGUAGUGUAUACUUGCAUCAUAAUAUUCUGCUAGCACCAAUUAGAAACUAUCGUUAAUGUUAUACAUUUUACGCUUUUUCAUUUAUUUGCUAUUUUAUAUAUAAAUCUUCCUAUUUAGUUAUAGCCUUGAAAAAUGAAGCAACCAUAUCGAGACUUUAUCGUGUACCAUAAAGUAAUUCUUAUCUAUUAUAUUUUCUCAUGUUUCUCAUGUAUAUUUUACUCUCACCAUUUUCUCUCCUUUCUAUCUCUUCUCUCUCUCUCUCUCUCUCUCUCUCUCUCUCUCUCUCUCUCUCUCUCUCUCUCGUUCACUCGCUUUCAUUUAGCAAAUUAGCUUAUUUCUCUAUAUGCCAUUCAUAUGCACGUCGUUUUAUAACAAUACUAUGCUAUAUAGCGUACGCGUAGUGUCCACUUUCUAAAUAAAUAUUUAAUAAAUAUGUAACACGUAUAACAAUAACAACAACAAGAGUAAUAUUAGUUUGUUGUUGUUACCUUCGUUGUAGUUAUUAUUAUUACUAUUAUUAUAUUAUUGUUAUUAUUAAUAUCGUUAUUAUUAACAUUAUUAUUAUUAUUGGCUUUAUUAAUAUUACGAGUACAAUUGAUGCAAAAUAUUUUUUAAUUGUUGCUUAUGCUUCCCUUUGUCACUCCUUUUUCCUUCCCUCUCUCCCUCUCCCCCUCUCCCCCCCUCCCACCUUUACUCUCUCUCUCUUUCUCUGUCUUGUGUUCCUAUUCUCUCUCUCCGUCUCUGUCUCUUUUCAAUAUAUUGUUAUAUUAAUAAAUCUAUAUUAUCCUUAUAUUAUCCUUAUAAAUAUGUAUAGUACAUAUGUUUUUAAUAGCAUUUUUUGUAAAUGAAAUCAUCCACGCAUAACUUUUUACUAUUGUUACAAGUUACAGCUGUCAUUAACAUAUCUUUGAAAGAACAUUGUAACGUUGGUUAAAUUUUAGUUUAAUUUCUUUCGUUACUUUGUCUUCAUUUUUCUCUUACCCCUUCUUUUUGCGAAUUUGAUAAAUACAUGUAAGCAUAUUUUAUUCUUUUUUAUUUAGAAAUUUUAUCUUCUGUUAAAUACAAUAUAUGGCGUGUAAAAUUCUGAAUUGUUAUAUCAUUAUGAUAGGAGGUACAUCUAUUGUAUAUCUUCAUGUAUCUGUGAUUUAUAAUAAUCAAUCAGUUAUUUUUAUUUUAUCAGAUACCAGUACAAACAAUUUUUUGCCAAUUCUUGUAUCGCAAUUUUUUAUGUUUAUAUUGGAAAUGCCAGUUACAUUAAAAAUAUCCAAAAGUUUUAGAUUUAAUUCCUAUUUGUUUCUAUUGUCUCCUCACACUUUUUGUUUUUCUUCAAGUACAUCUUAUGAAUUGUUUUAUAUGUAUAAUAGCUCUUUUCUAAAUCUUAAGCAAGUAUAUUUGUUUUUUUGCAUAAUGUAUAAGUGGUUCGGGAUAACGAUGAUUUGUGUUCUAUUUAUACAGGAAUUACAAUUGCUUAAUUGUUUUUAUAUAAGUAAUCUGCUAUAAUCGUGUGUAACUUUACUCUUCCUCUCUUUCUCUCCUUCUCUCUCUCUCUCUCAUCUUGAUAUAUUAAUAUUAUUAAAAAUCCAUCAUUUAUACAAUUUGAUUUGACAAAUAAAGAAUUUAUUUCACUAAGAUAAAACUAUUCUUAUACGGAAGCAAUCGUAUCUAGGCACAUUGAGAGGAAUCGUGUUCCUUAGCUGAUUAUUAAAGAGCUACAAAAAUUGCUCACAAGACAAUUACGAUACAAAUGUGUAACAAAAUGUGGAACAACUGCAAAUUGUUAUUUACAUGCUUGACAAAGAUGCAUAUACGUAUCUAAAUGGAUAUUAAUGAUGAUACAUGUUUUAUUAUUUAGACAAUAGGUACUAAGGUAACAUGUUUUAUAAGCAAUUGUUUACUUAUUGUAAAUAGAUGGUACACUAGUCAUAAUCGUAAUAACUUUGAUAAUUACACUUUCUUCCUAUUUUGAAUAAAAACCAUUUAUCGAA